AUGUUAAUCUCUUCAUUCGUCCUCGCUUUAGCGUCUCUCCCCAUCCUGCGUGCAGCGGUCUUGCAUUCCCUUUCCGAUGUCCCUCUCGAUGCGAGCAGCUCAGCGUCUGCACACUAUGAUUUCAUCAUCGUUGGAGGAGGUACAGCAGGUUCUGUACUUGCCUCUCGCCUCUCGGAGAACCCAAAGUGGAACGUUCUCCUCGUCGAAGCUGGCCCAGACAACCUCGGUGUACAAGAUCUACAGAUUCCUGCGUAUUGGACACGGCUUCUUGGUGGGCCUUACGACUGGAACUACACUGUCGUGCCCCAGGUUGGCCUUGAUAACCGGACUUUCGGACUUCCCAGGGGCCACGUCCUUGGUGGGAGCAGCUCUAUCAAUGCCAUGGCCUACACGCGCGGGUCCAAAGACGACUAUGAUCUGUGGGGUCAGGUGACAAAGGACAAGAGAUGGAGUUGGGAUGCAUUAUGGCCGUAUAUUAUGCGGAAUGAACAGUGGACUUUACCUGUAGGAGGACGGAAUCCUACCGGGGAGUUCGACCCUCAGUAUCACAAUACUGAAGGUGGAAAGGUUAAAGUCUCCUUGGCCUGGGAUGGUCCGAACGAAAGCGACAGGCGCUCCUUUGCAAGGCUCGAACAGAGGCCUAUCACCGAUCACGACUUCAGAUUCAACUUGGACGUCAACUCGGGGGAACCAAGAGGACUCGGCUGGCAUCAAGCCAGUAUUGGGAAUGGAGAGAGGAGCAGCGCAGUGACAGCAUACUUGAGCGAGGAAGUUCGGGAACGCCCGAACCUGACUAUAUUGGUCAAUACGUACGCCACGAGGAUUUUGGCGACGAAUCCUCAGCGAAUAAAUUGCGGCAAACCUGAUAUGCGGACUGUCGAGCUGGCGCCACGAGUUGGAGGAAAUACAAGUGCCAUGCGAACCUUUACGGCUAAAAAGGAGAUUAUUCUUUCAGCAGGAUCUAUCGACUCGCCGCACAUUCUGCUCAACUCGGGGAUCGGUGACAAAGACGAGCUCGCGGAUGUUGGAGUCGAGCCGGUGUACCAUCUGCCUGACGUUGGGAAACAUUUGAGCGACCACCACAGAACUACCCUUUUGUGGAAUACGAAUGUCACAGCGACACCGGUGGACGAAGCGGAAGCCCUUCUACGAUGGCAGUUGAAUCGAACAGGCCCGCUUGCGAAAGGCACUGACCAUCUGUACCUAUACUUUAGACUUCCCGAUGACUCUCCAGUUUUCAGCAACCACCCUGAUCCCGCUCCAGGUCCCCGCUCUGCUCACUUUGAACUACCGAUUUCGGCCAUGCCUUUGUCCAACCCAGGUCCCGAGAUGCCGGGAUUCCUCGUUCUCCUUACACCACAUUCACGAGGGUCUGUCCGACUUCGCUCAUCCAACCCAUUCGACAAUCCAUUAAUCGACACUGGGAUCUUCACCCACCCGUUCGACAUCGCUGCCAUGACUGAGGGUAUUCGUGUAGCGAAGCGCUUCUUCGAAGGAAAGGCUUGGGAGGGGUUCAUCACGGAAUUUCUUGGCCCUGAUCCUGACAGCCUUCCGAAAGAGGAUUUUGAAACAAGCGUCAAGGCCAAUUCGGCGACCUUUGCUCAUCCUGUUGGUACAACGGCGAUGUCAGCUUUGGAUAGUCCCCUGGAGCAAGGGGUGGUUGAUCCUGACCUCAGGGUCAAAGGUCUGCAAGGUCUGAGAGUUGUUGAUGCCGGAGUUAUCCCCUACGUGCCUUCAGGUCAUCCCCAAGUUCCAGUGUAUGUCCUCGCUGAGAGAUCUGCCGAUAUCAUUAAGGAAGCAUGGAGUAAUUGA